AUGAUGGACAGCAUCGAAAAAAUAACAACGCUAUUUCCAAAGUUAAAACAACAAUUAUUGUUUUUAGAGAAACGUGAAAAAUUAUUUACAGCCAAUGAUAAUAAUUCAAUUUCAAGUAUUGAUUUAUUAUCAGUUAAUUCAACAAAUUUUAAUCCGUGUUCAUCUCCUGUUGAAUUACCAAUUAAUUCUUCCACGAAUGAUAAUACAAGCGAUCAUGUAUUAAGCGAAGUACUAGUGAAACAAGAAAUGAACUUAUUUUUUCCCGACGAAUAUAUAAUUCCAACAUUACCAAAUUCUCUGCUUCAAGAUAUAGAAACAGGCGCAUUACAUAAGUUUGCCCCACAUCAUACAAAUCGUCAAAUAUUAAUUGAUAUUAUAACUCACGACUUGAUCGAAAAAUAUCACCUUUUGUAA